AUGCCUACCGUCAUCCACCUGAGAGCUGAUACCAAGCCAUUCGAGCGUCGCUCGUCUUUGUCACCCAAGACGGCCAAGGCUCUCCUCGACGCUGGCUACAUCGUUCGUGUCGAGCGAUCGGCGGAACGCAUCUACAACGAUGAAGAAUUCGCAGAAGUUGGUGCUGAAUUAGUGCCUGCUGGAUCGUGGGUCAAGGCCCCCAAGGAAGACAUCAUUCUUGGCCUCAAGGAGCUUCCUGAAGACGACAUCGACCUACCCCAUACAUACAUCCACUUCCAACACAUCUUCAAGAAGCAGACUGGAUGGGCUCCCUCCCUUUCUCGAUUUGCACGAGCUGGUGGCACCCUCUACGACUUGGAAUUUUUAGUUAACUCGGACAAUCGAAGAAUCGCCGCCUUUGGAUACUGGGCAGGUUACGCAGGCACUGCCGUGGCGUUCAUCUCUUGGGCUCACCAAAUCCUUAAUCCUGGUGUCACACAACCCCAAGUGCCUCUCUUCGAGAAUGCUCCUGCUUUGAUUUCACAUGUCAAGUCUGUGCUUGAGCCGGCUAUUCGUGCCAACAACGGCCAAGCUCCCCGUGUUAUUGUUAUCGGAGCUUUGGGACGCUGUGGCAGUGGAGCUGUUCAGUUUUGCCGUGAGGCCGGACUUGACGAAGAAUCUAUCCUAAGGUGGGAUUUACAAGAAACAGCUGCCAAGCCAGGGCCGUACAAAGAGAUUGUGGAAUCGGACAUCUUCGUCAACUGCGUCUAUCUCGGACCCAAUCCCACUCCUCCUUUCGUCACUUUUGACUCUCUUGCGACCCCGGACAGGAAGCUACGAGUCAUCUGUGAUGUUUCAUGUGAUCCGAAUAGUCCAAACAACCCGAUCCCCAUCUACUCAACCUGGUCCACUUUCGACAAGCCUACGGUUCCGACUUCCAAGCCUGUCAAUGAUCCAGAGCUGCGAAUUAUUUCCAUUGAUCACCUUCCGACCUUGAUCCCACGUGAAUCCUCUGAUGAGUAUUCUGGUCUGUUGCUGCCAGCCUUACUCACCUUGGAUCGCCGUGAUACCGAGGGUGUCUGGACGAGAGCAGAGCAAACUUACAAGGAUAGAGCUCAUCUUGCUCGAGCCUACACGGCUCUGCGAACGCUGCGAGCUGCCAACAGCGGCGAAAAAGCAGCAAUGGAGAGUUUGAUAUCCAAAGGGUUUGGGAGAUCAGGAAGCAGGCGACGAGAACUAAUGGCGCAAUUUGUGAUUUCACAAGGCCCUAAAGAUUCAAGUGCUCUCGAAGAAGCUCUUAAAUCAGCAAGGAGAAGCAGCGAGGCUACAAACGGUUCCCCCUCAGCGACACAUGCCACAACCGAUGGCACCGCCAAAGUCAAAAAGGCAUUUUUCGAGAAAUGGGAUCAACAGAAGCUCAUGAAAAUUUUGCAAUCACAGCGACAACAGCAAAGAGACACAAAGGGUACAGCCAGCUGGCCUGGGACUCCGGUUAAGACGCUUGAUCCGGAUCAAUUCAUUCCUAAAGAAACCAUUUGGGGGAAACCACCGGGAGAGAAUCUGAAACAGACGAAAAGGGCCAACUGGUGGCGACGAAAUGCUGAAAAGAUUAUGCCUCCUUUGGGCAGGGGUGAAUGGGAGAUGCUCAAAGAGCUAAGCAAUGGAGGCCAGGAGAGGGGCGAGUGGGAGAUACCAGAAAGACGCCCGCUUGCGGUCUUGACAGAAAAGAUGACGGCACAGGCAAAUUGGAACUGGAGAGAUCAUGCCACAAAACCAACAGCCAUUGUUGAAAAGCCAAAAUCCCUAAAACAACAGCGGCGGACUGGCCAAAAGGACAGUGGCCCAUAUAGCGUCAAGGAUCGCGACCGCAACCUGUCAACGAGAUGGUUUCAGAGAGCCUACACUAGAGCAUGGCAACUUACACCAACAAUGACACAGGAUCCCAACACACUCAAAUACUCAUUUACGUGGGGAAGCAUCCAGUCACGACUCCCCCCAGCGGCCAAGCAUCAACUCGACAUCUUCAAAGGCGUGGAUGAGAACGGCCGUAAACAGCAAAAGACACCAUCGCCAUGA